AUGGCACCCGCACAAUCUGCCAACGCCCAACACAUCCUCCGCCUCUUCCCCGAAAUCAACACCUCCCUCGCAACCCAAACCCGCUCCGCAACCCAAGACCACGACGACAUGAAAGGUUACGACGAGGAACAGAUCCGCCUGAUGGAUGAAGUCUGUAUAGUCCUCGACGACCAAGACCAACCCAUCGGCAGCGCCAGCAAAAAAGUCUGCCACCUCAUGGAGAACAUCAAUCGUGGCCUCCUCCACCGCGCCUUCUCCUGCUUCCUCUUCGAUAGCCAGAACCGAUUACUUCUCCAACAAAGAGCGAGCGAAAAGAUCACAUUCCCUGAUAUGUGGACCAACACAUGCUGUUCGCAUCCUCUCGGUAUACCAGGAGAAACAGGCGCCACCCUCUCUGCCGCGAUCUCCGGCGUCAAAAGAGCCGCGAUACGGAAACUCGAUCACGAACUCGGCAUCAAAGCCACCCAAGUCCCUUAUGAGAAAUUCGAUUUCUUGACAAGAAUACAUUACAAAGCGCCCAGCGACGGGAAAUGGGGCGAGCACGAAAUCGACUACAUCCUCUUCAUCAAAACCGACGUGGAUCUGGAUGUCAACCCGAAUGAGGUGUCAGAUACGAGAUAUGUAUCCCAAAGCGAACUGAGGCGGAUGUUGAAGGAUGAGUCGUUGAAGUUUACCCCGUGGUUUAAGUUGAUAUGUCAGAGUAUGAUUUUUGAGUGGUGGGAUCAUUUGGAUGGUGGGUUGGGGAAGUAUAUGGAGGAGAGGGAGAUAAGGCGGAUGUAG